CAUUCUCAAAACCCCCUCGUCCACCCGCCCCUCUCCCCCAGCAUUCGGCAACCCUAAAAUUCUACCGACCGAAAGUCAGGUCGAUCCCCUGCUUCCAUGGCGAGGCAAUCCAAGGGCAUCGGAUCCCCGGCCUCUACUCCCAGAAGCGGCCGGAAGAGCCAGAUAAAUUCUCCGUCUUCUUCCACUGCUGCCGACGGCACUGGUCCCGAUUCGGGCCUCCAAUCCACGCCCACUAGGAAAAGAGGCCGGCCGCAUUCCACUCCAGAGAAUCCCUCCACUCGCCAGCGCUUUGCCUCCCCCAAAAGCACUACUUGCCAGACCCCUGUCUCCUGCAGCGGAGGACGCCGCAAUGGACGACCCGGAACCCCAACCAAAGUAUGCUGCAAAAUCAAGUCUCCAAGGAAGCGGUUGGUGGACGUGCUUGAUCAGAAGCCUAAAUGGAACCCCAGAGAUUGUUCACAUCUGAAUGCGGUCAAGGAAGCUCUGCAUGUCUCCACCGUGCCGGCCGACCUGACCUGUCGAGAAGAAGAGCAGGAGCAGGUUUUGGGUUUCUGCAAGAGGUGCAUACAGCAAGAAAAGUCGGGGAGUUUAUAUGUUUCAGGAUCUCCGGGGACUGGAAAGUCGCUGGUGAUGGAGAAAGUGAAAUGCCUGGCAGCAGAUUGGGCCAAAGAGGCCGGAUUGCAGCUGGAAUUGUUGUCAAUAAAUUGCACAUCGGUUUCAGACAGCUCUGAAAUUUUUAGGAGGAUACGUGAUAAAUAUGCUGGGAAAAAGAAACAAGGAAGCAGUGGGUCUCCCCUUAAGCAUCUCCAUAAUUUGUUAUCCAUACCGAAACGUUCAUCAGUCAGAAAGAUGAUGCUGCUGAUUGUUGACGAGAUAGAUUUUCUUCUCACCAAGGAUCGGUCAGUACUUCAUGAUCUUUUCAUGAUCACAACAUUACCACUCUCCAGAUGUGUACUGAUAGGAAUAGCAAAUUCAAUCGAUCUAGCGGAUCGUUUCCUUCCAAAGCUCCAUUCUUUGAAUUGCAAACCUCUUGUGAUUACAUUUCGUGCCUAUUCUAAGGAUCAGAUACUCAAGAUCCUUCAAAAGAGAAUUUCGGCAUUUCCGUAUUAUGUUUUCCAGCCACAUGCAUUAGAGAUCUGCGCAAGAAAAGUUGCUGCUGUUUCUGGUGACAUAAGGAAGGCCCUUGACUCUUGCAGACUUGCGGUUGAGACCUUAGAGGCAGAACUUCAUUCAGCAACCAAUCUGACCGUAGUUUCAUCCCAGAUGACUUCAACUGCUCAGCAUAUGCCCCUUUCAAUUGAGGGUCUGCCAAGUCAUGAAUCUGACCUUGUGAGGAUUGAUCAUAUGGCCAACGCGUUAUCAAAGACAUUUAAAUCUGCGGUGGUCAACACAAUCCAGUCUCUGCCAUUGCAUCAACAGAUGAUAUUGUGCUCUGCAGUCAAGAGUUCCAGCAUAAAAAGAAAUAUCUCAGAACCCGAGCUAUACAAAUCCUAUUCAGAGCUGGCCAGAUCUAAAAAAAUGUCCCCAGCUAGUAUACUGGAAUUUGCGUCCAUCUCUGGAUUGCUUGCAGAGCAGGGGCUGAUCAAAUUUGGGAAAUCUCGGAAUGACAAGUUCAAGAUGUUGACCUUGCAAGUUGAUACCACGGACGUCAUCUUUGCAUUGCAGGGUAAUCCAUUAUUCAGUGACUGUCUUCAGUCAGAUCACUAGCAAGAAGCGGAUUCUUUCCUUUGGCCUGCAUGGUUUGAUGUUGACGUGCACGGUCUUCUAAAAACUGGCAGUCCUGUUAUCUAAAACCAACGCGAGCUGCCGUUAUCUACGUAUGAUUUAGACCAGCUUUUUUGUUGUGACAGAACCCCACCUCUGUGGUGGUUAAGAUGCCGUGUCGUAAAAGAAGGGAUCUUCUGCAGAAAUUUGAUCGCUUCGCAGUUAAAAAAAACUAGUCAUCUGUGUAUAGCCAAUGCUACUGGUUGUGGACUCAGACAUGUGACUCUGGUACAGAGUAAUUUGGUGCUUUUUAUAUGCAGAAAUCUUUUCUUGAAGGCUGCAGUUGGUGGACUUCUUCGCCAAUCCCAUUCAUUGAUUUUCAUCCUACCUUGAAGGGGUUAGGAGUUUCACGCAAAACGAAAGAUGGUGCGGUUAUGAUUGAUCUAUUGUAGAUGCUGGAAAUGUUCAAUAAAAGUGGAAUGUGUGAAUCAAACAGGGAAUGAUUCUCAUAGUGUUAGCCUCAUGUUCGUUUCAGUUUGGUUGCUCGAGAAAUGAUCCAACUGUUUCUUUAUGUCAAUUCCCUUGGCAGGUUUCUAAUAACUGCCUCCAUCGCUUGGUUGAGCCAUGUUACUCCAGUCCGGAACUCAAGCCAAGCCAAGAGACUUGUAUUUAUGGGAUAAAUGUACUUUAUGCACAAGCAAAUCGUAUAAUUUGACAAAGAUGUCUGAAAA